AUGCCUUUCGCCGAGGGUAACGCUAAGAACGGAGCCAAGCUCUUCAAGACGCGCUGCGCCCAGUGCCACACCGUCGACGCUGCUGGUGCCAACAAGGUCGGCCCCAAGCUGCACGGCAUUUUUGGCCGCCAGUCGGGUACCGUCGAGGGCUACCAGUACACUGACGCCAACGUCAAGGCUGGCGUCACCUGGACCGAGGACUCGCUGUUCGACUACCUGGAGAACCCGAAGAAGUACAUCCCGGGCACCAAGAUGGCGUUCGCUGGCUUCAAGAAGGCCAAGGACCGUAACGAUGUUGUCACCUACCUCAAGGAGGCCUGCUAA